ACCGGGCAGAAGCCCACCGUUUUCUUCUCCUCCUCUUCCCACCGGAGCCGCCACCCCGAGCUCUCCUUCCUCGUCGGCGGCGUUCUCCUACCGCACGAGCGAGGAGCGGAGAUCCGUCGGGCCGCGCGAGACCUUCUGGUGAAGGCGUAGGGCGGCACGAAAUGGCAGCGUUCCUCAGGUCAAAGUGCUCUUCAGUUGGGCGUGCUAUGAUGGGAAGCCUUGGAAACAAUCUGUACGGGGGCGCUACCUCGUCUAUUGAAACGGUGGCAAGACCAUCUCGUUCUGAUGCUGUCUGCCAGCAAAUCAGAACAUUCAUUCAGAUGAGAACAAACCUCAAGGUGGUGGACAACUCGGGAGCCAAGCGGGUUAUGUGCAUACAGUCCCUUAGGGGGAAGAAAGGAGCGAGGCUCGGGGACAUGAUCAUCGGUUCUGUCAAGGAAGCGCAGCCUCGCGGCAAGGUCAAGAAAGGAGACGUGGUCUACGGGGUGGUCGUCCGUGCUGCCAUGAAGAAGGGGCGCAGCGACGGCAGCGAGGUCCAGUUUGACGACAAUGCGAUCGUCAUCGUGAACAACAAGGGCGAGCUGAUUGGCACCCGCGUCUUUGGUCCGGUCCCCCACGAGCUCAGGAAGAAGAAGCAUCUCAAGAUCCUGGCACUUGCCGAGCACAUAGUUUGAGAUAUCUAUCUGUUAGUUCCAUGGAAUGAAAUGGACAUCUCCAAGAUUGUUCCUGGGAUGUAUUGAUUCUCUUAUUGCUAGCCUGAUCCACAAUAAUCUCUCUUCUCUGAACUGUGGUGAGUUGUUGACAAACCAGACAAGCGUAUGCAUUUAAGGCCUGUUCGGAGGCCCUCUGCUCCACAACUCCACUCCCGGAGCUGAUGGAGCAGCAGUCAAAAAUUACAGAGCGGGGAAAGAGGUGCUUCGCAGAUCCUGAGAUUUUACAGAGCUGCAGGAUUGCCGAACAGCUCCUUAGUCUCGACAUUAUAUAUAUUGCUUAUAUGUUCUUCUA